ACUUUGAUUCAAAUUCAAAACUUUUUUCAAAUCAAAGCAAAUGAAUAUUUGAUUCUAAUACUAAACGACUUUGAUUCAAAAAAAAAAGUUUUAGAAGCAAAGUCGUUGUGUCUUUGAUUUAAAAAAAUAAGUACUUUGAAAUAAAUAUACCAUUUUGCACAAGUGUAUCGACCGCCAUUUUGUUUUUAUUGUCGCAAAAAUGAACUCGCCGGACGAAAUAGUUCAAGAAGAGGUCGUAGUCGAAACGCUCGGCACCGACGAUCUAGAAACCUUAAAUUUGUUAAAAACGUUUGGUUUAUCGGAUGACACAGUGGGUGUUUUCCUUGAUAACGGCUACACAGUUGAUCUGCUCAAGAUAAUCGAACGUAAGGAAGUUGAGGAACUCAUCCCGCAGCCGUUUCUAGCGGAGAGGACGAAGUGCAUCUACGGCAUCAACGAAUGGAGAAAAGGCCUGAAUCUUCCUCCACUAUCCAUUGAUUCUUCCGCCGAAUCCGCAUCUGCCAGUACGCCGCCUCCACCCCCGCCGGCUGUUGCUGAUGUAACGAGAGGGAACUGUACAGCAACUUACUUGCUACAGACAUCAGCAAAAGGCAGGGCCAUCAUCGAGAAGUAUAAAACUGCAAAGUACUUGACAAGAUUCGAUAAGCGCGUCAUUACACAAAUCGUGGUAGACGGCUUCAAGGACCGGUUUUCAAAAUUGACGUCCUCCGAACUGCAAAACAGAGCUGUUGAACUGCAUUCCCUUUUUCCAAGUGAACCACAAGAAACUUGGUAUCAACCUACAUGGACGACUGAUAACGCAGGUCGAAAAGUUCGACUGAGGAAAUUGCCAAAAGGAACACUACGUGACCGCAACAUAAAUUACAAAGAAGAAAGGCUGGCGGUUCAGGACGCGAGCCAAGUGGGUGCUAUAGACACUGAAAGGCCUGGCUCGAGCAACGACCUUACGCAAGCAGAUUCAACGGAAUACCAAUGCACCAAAAAGUGGAUAACCCAUAAUCAGGACGACUGGGAGGAGGUAAAAAUAAAGUGGAAGCAGACGACAAAAAUAAGACUCAUUGAGUUAUUUGGCGAAGAAAAACGUAACACCGCUUCGAUUUUGUCUGAGUAUCCUGUACUAAGACAUCACCAAGCAUAUCAGCUAAUCCAAAUAGAUUUCCAACAACGUUUUCCGGAAAAGGAAAAGCUGCUGUUUGACCGAUGGGAAACUUUUGUCGGGAAGGUAUUGCCUGUUUUGGAAGCUGAAGUUACUGAUACCGCCGGAAAAGCUCUACUAAGUUGCCUGAAGGAUGAUGACAUUUCUGACGAUGGACGAGGACUCAUCACCAUCUGGUUGUUGCACCAUAUCAUGCCGAGUCCCAUUCUCAGGACACCCGGCAAGCCGCGAUGGAAGCCUUCUUUUGUUGAAUCCCGGGAAAGCGUAGCGAUUUUGGUCAAGGAUUUGUCGGAGCUCCAAACUACACUUGCAAAGAUAUUGAAAACAACACGCGAACGAGGUGUCGAACUAGCUCCAUUUAUUGUGGCCCACGGAGAAGACCCAAAAAAUCCAUCGGCGUUUUCCGUAUGGAACAACGUUACAUCUUACAAGCUACCGAGCUUUCAAAAAGCACUCGACGUUUGCCUGAAAAUUUACAAAUCAUAUGGUAUUGCUUUUCCCCGCCAAUCAUUGUCGGUUUGGCACUUGUUGGCAAAUCUGAUGUUUGAUUUUGAGGUCCCUCGUGAACAAAUCAACGUGGUGGCAUUGUGUUCUUCGCUGCGUACCAGUGUUCAACAACCCAAGCAAGAAUCAUGAUUCGAUGUGUAGCGCCUCGGUGUACUUGGAAAUCGCAAUCAAUUCAUCGUUUACAUAACCAUCUAAAUAAACACCAUGGAAACCUAGAUGUAUACGAAUGCAACAUCGGUGAUUGUUCCAGGAAAUAUAACGUCAAACACUCA